AUGGUUAGGAUUAGAGGUGGUUCUACGGGGGUCGGACGCUCUUUUAGACUUAGGGAUGAGGACAUUGAAAUUGUGGAACCGUCUGCCAAAGUGUCCAAAAAGAAAACUACAAAUAGAGGUGGAAAAGUGAAGCAAACUGCUCAAAAGAAUCGAGAUGCUCCAACUGUUGAGCCAUCUAAUGAGCAGAUGGAAGAACAUCACUCUGAAGAAAUGGAGGAACCCACCCAUGCUGAAGUGAUUGUCUCGAAAUCAUCUGGGAAAAGAAAAAGGUCUGCCCAAAAGGGAAGCACUGAUCAAUCAAAUGCAGAGAAAAAUGCUGAAGUUCAGCACACCCCUGAACCAUCUACCAGAAAAUCUCCACGAACAAGGCUUGAGGUCCAGAGUACUGAGUUAUCUGCCAAGCAAACUGCAAAAAGGAAACGGUCUGGAAAGAAACCAGUAACUCAGCCUGCUAAGGAACCCUUUCCUCUGCCAAAAUUCAUUAAUGAUGAGUCCACCUUUAUUGAAAAAAGGAAUCUUCUCGUGCCUCCAAUCCCUGAAUUCAAUGAAAGUACUCAUAAAAAAGAGCCUAGACCUCAGCCCACAGAGCAUACUCCUGGUACUAAAGCCACUCCAGAGGCACAUGCUUCCAGCUCUCAGCCCAAAGAUAAAGGCAAGGCUCCUGUAACUGUGGAGACAACUGAAGAUGAUGAUGAUGAUGAAACUGAGGAUGAAGUGGAUCCUGAGCAGUUUCGUCUAACCAGGAGAAGGUCUGGAUCAUUGAAAAUCACCAUCUAA